GCUUCCGCAGGAAGAAGGAAGCGGCGCCGCCAUCGCCUCCCGGCGCUCCCUCCCCGACUCCUAAGUCCUUCGGCCGCCACCAUGUCCGCCUCGGCUGUCUUCAUUCUGGACGUUAAGGGCAAGCCAUUGAUCAGCCGCAACUACAAGGGCGACGUGGCCAUGAGCAAGAUUGAGCACUUCAUGCCUUUGCUGGUACAGCGGGAGGAGGAAGGCACCCUGGCCCCACUGCUGAGCCACGGCCAGGUCCACUUCCUAUGGAUCAAACACAGCAACCUCUACUUGGUGGCCACCACAUCAAAGAAUGCCAAUGCCUCCCUAGUGUACUCCUUCCUGUAUAAGACAAUAGAGGUAUUCUGCGAAUACUUCAAGGAGCUGGAGGAGGAGAGCAUCCGGGACAAUUUUGUCAUCGUCUACGAGUUGCUGGACGAGCUCAUGGACUUUGGCUUCCCGCAGACCACCGACAGCAAGAUCCUGCAGGAGUACAUCACUCAGCAGAGCAACAAGCUGGAGACAGGCAAGUCACGGGUGCCACCCACUGUCACCAACGCUGUGUCCUGGCGCUCCGAGGGUAUCAAGUAUAAGAAGAACGAGGUCUUCAUUGAUGUCAUAGAGUCUGUCAACCUGCUGGUCAAUGCCAACGGCAGCGUCCUUCUGAGCGAAAUCGUCGGUACCAUCAAGCUCAAGGUGUUUCUGUCGGGAAUGCCAGAGCUGCGGCUGGGCCUCAAUGACCGCGUGCUCUUCGAGCUCACUGGCCUUUCAGGCAGCAAGAACAAAUCAGUAGAGCUGGAGGAUGUAAAAUUCCACCAGUGCGUGCGGCUCUCUCGCUUUGACAACGACCGCACCAUCUCCUUCAUCCCUCCUGAUGGUGACUUUGAGCUCAUGUCGUACCGCCUCAGCACCCAGGUCAAGCCACUGAUCUGGAUUGAGUCUGUCAUUGAGAAGUUCUCCCACAGCCGCGUGGAGAUCAUGGUCAAGGCCAAGGGGCAGUUUAAGAAACAGUCAGUGGCCAACGGUGUGGAGAUAUCUGUGCCUGUACCCAGCGAUGCCGACUCCCCCAGAUUCAAGACCAGUGUGGGCAGCGCCAAGUAUGUGCCGGAGAGAAACGUCGUGAUUUGGAGUAUUAAGUCUUUCCCGGGGGGCAAGGAGUACUUGAUGCGAGCCCACUUUGGCCUCCCCAGUGUGGAAAAGGAAGAGGUGGAGGGCCGGCCCCCCAUCGGGGUCAAGUUUGAGAUCCCCUACUUCACCGUCUCUGGGAUCCAGGUCCGAUACAUGAAGAUCAUUGAGAAAAGUGGUUACCAGGCCCUGCCCUGGGUUCGCUACAUCACCCAGAGUGGCGAUUACCAACUUCGUACCAGCUAGAAGGGAGAAGAGAUGGGGGCUUGAACACGGGGCUUCCUUACAGCCCCGGAUGCAGAUUUUAGAGGGAGGGAAGGUGCGGGCUGUGUGUGUCUGUGUGAGGGCAGGUCCUGGACUUGUCAGUUUCUUGCUCCCAGCACCCGCCCCUUCCUCACCUCUUCCUUAUUCCAUAGGCUGGGAGAGAAACUCUCUCUGCUUCCCUCGCCCUUGGAGCUUUCCCCAUCCCCCUGAUUUUAUACGAAGAAAUAGAAGAGGGGCUUGAAGUCCCCCUCGCGAGUGCCUUCUUGCAAUUACCUGCCUUAGCGGGUGUUGCGGGUCCCUCCUUCACAGCCGCUGAGCCCAGAGGUCCCGCUGGCCCCUCCUCUGAAUUUUAGGAUGUCAUUAAAAAGAUGAAUCUA